CUCUCGCGCCUGUCCUUUCCUCAGCUCCCAGCCUUUGCUGGGCGCCAGACCCGGCUUCGCAGUCCGGCAGUUCUCCUACUGUGGCUCGUCACCCCCGGGGUCCCGGCCUCCGCGGGCUGGGGCCGCCGCCACCGCGGCAGGACGGGGAAGCGGGCCAUGGCGUCCUGCGUGGGGAGCCGGACCCUGAGCAAGGAUGAUGUGAACUACAAAAUGCAUUUCCGGAUGAUCAACGAGCAGCAAGUAGAGGACAUCACCAUUGACUUCUUCUACCGGCCGCACACCAUCACCCUGCUCAGCUUCACCAUCGUCAGCCUCAUGUACUUCGCCUUUACCAGGGAUGACUCUGUUCCAGAAGACAACAUCUGGAGAGGCAUCCUCUCUGUUAUCUUCUUCUUUCUUAUCAUCAGUGUGUUAGCCUUCCCCAAUGGUCCAUUCACUCGACCUCAUCCAGCAUUAUGGCGAAUGGUUUUUGGACUCAGUGUGCUCUACUUCCUGUUCCUGGUAUUCCUACUCUUCCUGAAUUUUGAGCAGGUUAAAUCUCUAAUGUAUUGGCUAGAUCCAAAUCUUCGAUACGCCACAAGAGAAGCCGACGUCAUGGAGUAUGCUGUGAACUGCCAUGUGAUCACCUGGGAGAGGAUUAUCAGCCACUUUGAUAUAUUUGCAUUUGGACAUUUCUGGGGCUGGGCCAUGAAGGCAUUGCUGAUCCGUAGUUACGGUCUCUGCUGGACAAUCAGUAUUACCUGGGAACUGACUGAGCUCUUCUUCAUGCACCUCCUCCCCAAUUUCGCUGAGUGCUGGUGGGAUCAAGUCAUUCUGGACAUCCUGCUGUGCAACGGCGGCGGCAUUUGGCUGGGCAUGGUCGUUUGCCGGUUUUUAGAGAUGAGGACUUACCACUGGGCAAGCUUCAAGGACAUUCAUACCACCACCGGGAAGAUCAAGAGAGCGGUGCUACAGUUCACUCCUGCUAGCUGGACCUAUGUUCGAUGGUUUGACCCCAAAUCUUCUUUUCAGAGAGUAGCUGGAGUUUACCUUUUCAUGAUCAUCUGGCAGCUGACUGAAUUGAAUACCUUCUUCUUGAAGCAUAUCUUUGUGUUCCAAGCGAGUCAUCCAUUAAGUUGGGGUAGAAUUCUCUUUAUUGGUGGCAUCACGGCUCCCACAGUGAGACAGUACUACGCUUACCUCACCGACACACAGUGCAAGCGCGUAGGAACACAGUGCUGGGUAUUUGGGGUCAUUGGUUUCCUGGAGGCUAUUGUUUGCAUAAAAUUUGGACAAGAUCUCUUCUCUAAGACCCAAAUACUCUACGUCGUGCUUUGGCUUCUUUGCGUGGCUUUCACCACUUUCCUCUGUCUGUACGGCAUGGUUUGGUAUGCAGAACACUGUGGUCAACGAGAAAAGACCUACUCAGAGUGUGAAGAUGGCACCUACAGUCCAGACAUCUCCUGGCAUCACAGGAAAGGUACAAAAGGUUCUGAAGACAGCCCACCCAAGCACGCAGGCAACAACGAAAGCCAUUCUUCCAGGAGAAGGAAUCGGCAUUCCAAGUCAAAAGUCACCAACGGCGUUGGAAAGAAAUGAAAGACCUUGGUUAAUCAAAGAUGUUCCAGAGUGCCUAGAACUGAGAGGGAAACGGAACUCAUCUGGACCUCCCUGUGAGGAGGUCAAGACGCACAGGGCAAGCAGGAAGAGGCGAGGGUACUUGGGGGUCAUUAUUCGAGAUCGUAAGUCUUGUUUCCCACAGACCUGGCUGCGUCAGGCAGAUCAUGGCCUGGGGGCCUUCGCCAACGUGGGGUCUGUUCUCACUUCAGCACUUGGCACGCGGUCGCCGGUGGCAGUGCGGUGUGCUGGAGGGAAACGGUAGCUAUUCACUCACAGUUGCCAAGAGCAGCUCCGUGCUUGCUGUAUAGUGGAUGCAGCCUCAACAUCUUCCUUCAGGCAAGGCAUUAACCCCACGGUUAAUGGACUGGUCACCAGUUUUUAUUUUAUUUUUACAAAUCUACCAUCCCAUUGAUUGAUUUAAGUUCAGGCCACUUUUCUGUCUUUUAUUUUGUUACUGUCGUUAUUUGUUUUUAAGUUAGGAUGCAUUUUAACAGCCUUUGGAAGCCGCUGCUGAAAUUGACGUUGGGGGAAGGGUUCCCCUUCCUGCUAGAGUGAAGAAGGGAGAGAGGUAUUGCGUUUCUGUUAGGUAACCUCAGUCUCUUUUAAGACCUUCCACCACAUGACGAGUGUACACCAGUCAGGAGAAGGUAGCCGCCUGCCUAGGAGCCUUGCUUCCAAUUAUUCCCUUCCCAAUGUGAUUCGUCCAGACUUAACCCUCCGUGCACUAAAGCAAACCUGCUAGAGAGGCAGUGGACACCACAGCUUCUCCCCAGCCAGGUGCCUUUUACAUCGGGUUUGUUCUCCUUCCAUGGUGUGUUGCCGACAUUGUCACUGAGUCCCAUGUGAGGUGCUGGUGAGUAUUACCUUUCAUCCGUGCCAUGCUCUAGAACCUUGACCCUGAUAGUUCACCACCUCUGAUGGAUCCCUGUUUUAAAUAAAAUGAUUCAUGUUAAAGCCUGUCAAA